CUUGCUGUUUCUCUGCUUGCUGUUGGUCAGAGAGGGGUUUGGCUACUUUUUGGAAUCUGUCUGUUCUGAGCUGGCAGCGCUCCUUGUAGAGAUUUCUGGAGAGAGAUGGAAAGUGAAAUCCUCCAGUCGCCCUCCUUUCUCACGCUAUCUGAAGGCAAAGCCACAUUUCUGCACUGCAUCUUACGAACACAAACCACAGACAUAAUGGAACUGACCUUCACCUGGACUGUUGGCAGCUCAAAGGUAAUCUGUGCUUUGGAAGCCAGUUUUUCUACGUCCUGCCAGGAUGAAAAUUCUGAUCCAAGAUUUUCCAUCGCAGCUCAUUUAGCAAACAAAUCUUCAAUCUUAACCAUCACCCGCGCAUCUUUAAACCACAUUGGUGCCUAUAGGUGUCAGGCCCAAAUCUUCAAACCUUACCCAAUCAAGACACUCACUGGCAAUGGAUCUGUUGUACUGGUACAGGAAAUAGGUCAUCAAUCUCCUCGUUCCUUGGCUCUGCUGUUUGCAGUUGCAACCUCGGUUUUGCUGCUAGUCUUCAUCGUCGCUUGUUUGAGCUACAUUCUGGUUUUAAAAUGGAACAAAGGAACUCCUCAGGACAAGACACUAAGGCGAGAGGCUCAGAACCUGGGGGCUGCUUCACCUGAUGACCAGUACUCAACUGAGAUAGUGUACUUGCUGGUGCACACUCCCGUUUCACAUCACCAAAGUGAGGAGAGUGCAUAUACUGAAAUCAACCUCGCUGAGCUGGGCAGGGAACAAAGUCAAGACAACUGAAUGACAUAUGUGGCAGUGUCUCGCUGAGUCUCAGAGGGCGACCUCACAGAGUUUCAAAGUGGUUCUGCAGUGGACUGAGCUUCCCCCGAUGGAAAGGACUUAUCACCCAGCAAGGAUCUACAGGCAGGGUCUACAUCUCCAUGUGACCUUUCACCUCCCUUACAUUUGU